CAGUAUGGGGAGCGGCUGCUGCAGAUGCUCCAAGUCCCCAAUGUUCAGGGACAGUCGGAGUCCCCAUCCAUCUGGCUACUGGAGGAAAAGGCGCUGAAAAUCAUGCAUCAUAAUAUCCUGCAGAAGAAAAAGAUGUGUCAGCGCAGAAUGGAAGCCCUGAACCUGCUCUGGGAGGAACUGAGCGUUAAGGAAGCCCAGCUGAAGGCUCACAUCCAGUUCAUCCAGGAGAACGACCAGAAACGGAUCCGCGCCAUGAAGAAAGCCAACAAGGAACGAGAACUCAAGCGCCAGCACAUGCAGGAGCUGACCAAGGGCAAGCAGGAGAUGGUGGCGCUGCGGCUGGAGCACCAGCGGCUGAGCGCCAAGCUGCAGGGCUACUCCAUCUUCAACAAGUACCUAGAGAAGGUGGUGGAGAACUCUGAGAAACCCCCCUCUGCCCUCAACUCGGUGGCACCUCCCUCUCUGCCCUACCUCUGCCCCCUCCUUCUCAGGUUCCUCGGGACAGCCCUGCCACUGGCACAUCCUGUGCUGGUGAAAGGCAAGACCACCCACUCACAGCCCCACCAGAACUCAGGCCUCCUUGGCUCCUCCCUCCUGCUCAGUGCCACAGCUAUCAAUCAGCAGAUCUG